AUGCCGUCCCUAGUGCCGAUGAUCCUGGUGGGUAAUAAGUGUGAUCUGGAGGACGAGAGGGUGGUGGGGAAAGAACAGGGGCAAAAUCUGGCCCGGCAGUGGAACAACUGUGCCUUUCUAGAGUCCUCCGCCAAAUCAAAGAUCAACGUCCUUGAUAUCUUUUAUGACUUGGUCAGACAAAUUAACAGGAAAACACCGGUGGAAAAGAAGAAAGCAAAAAAGAAAUCCAAUUGUGUCCUCCUGUAGAGCCAGCAGCAGCUCUGAGCCAGAAUGCUGUAAUGAAGAACUGUUAGCUUGUUUGGAUCAUGCCAGCAUUCCCAUCCUCAAUGAGUGAUUCAAUGGAACAGCUGACUGACUGACUCAAAGCAGCACCGGACAUAGCGAGCGAGAACACCAGUCACAACUCUUUAUUUCUCCUUUAUGUUGGCAGAAAAAUCUGAGGAAAAACUCAAUUUCCCAUAAGCAAUUUCAGUAGAACUGUGAACAGCUCAACAUUUCCCUGACAUUUUUGACUUUUUCCAUCACUGAUCUUGUGGCUGAUGAAGAAAUUAAACUUAUAUUAACAUAAUAGUGAACAUUAACCACCGUAAGACACCUUUUCAGUUGCCACACAAUGAAUCUUAGGACAUAAUACCCCGGAUUCUUCAUCUAUCUUUUAUUUCCUUUUACGUUGAAAAUCUGGUGGCAAUAUUUGAAAUCCUUCGACUUCCUCUAAAAACCCAUGGAUGUUUUUAAAACUUUUUUUUUUUCCCCAUAAACUCUUGAACUCUGUGCUUUUCAGUGGCCUCAUCUGUUGAAAAUGCAAGACGAGAAAUCAGAGUUAACAGUAUUCAUUUGCGCAAUACCCGCAUGUUCAAGGACAUGGAGGAUGACGACGUUCAAUAUCCAGUUAUCAGCAUGACCAUCUUUAAGUGUAGAUGUUGUAAAUGAUGUCUAGUUCAAUUGUUUCCUCUAUAAGUUGUACUUCCAUUCUUGGUACAAUGUGUAAAUGUCUAUAGAUGACAAACAUGUAUAUAAAUAUUGUUUUGCUGACAACUAUGGACACAGUCAUCAGAAAGUACUGCCCCAUUCCCCAAUGUGACAUUUUGUAUUCAGUCACUUGGUUUUCCUAGCUCAUAUAUCAUAUUCUAAUGCCAUUCUAUUUCAUAAAGACUGUUUCAGAAGUAAACAGGCCUUUUAUAGUGUAAAAAGUGGGGGAAGGAACGAUCAAUUUCUAUGCCUAUCAAGACUGAAAUAUAUUGUACUAAACCGACUAUUUCCUCUUGUGUUUUUCUGUCAAAAGAUGUUCUGGCUUUUAAGAUUAUUAAAUUUUAGUACCUUUUCAUUA